AUGCAUUCCGCGACUUUCCACCUUGUGCUGGAAAAGUUCAAGUCUGGCUUGGGUGAGAAAGAGAAGCGACAAUUCGCAACAACCACGCUGGAUGACGUCCAUGUUGCUAUAGAGAAGAUUCAGCGCAAGCAGCAAUCCGAAAAGAGGCUGCGCGCCAUGACUAAGCUAGAGUUAUUCUUGGAGGGUAUGAAGGAAUACGAAAAAGUUGUGUCGGUCUUUCUCAACACAAGUGCCAUUCUGGCGUUCGUUUGGAUAGCCAGUACGUUCCAUGAGGCUUUUGAUGCCUUGCUGGAUGCCUAUCAACGCAUUGGCGAACAUAUGCCUUUACUAGCCCAGUAUGAAGGUUAUUUCCGCAACCAUCCACAAAUGACUCGAGUGCUACGACUAAUGUACGAGGACAUACUUAAAUUUCAUUUCAAAGCAAUGAAGUAUUUCCAGAAGCGCAUGUGGCAGCAACUAUUCCAAGCGCUCUGGAAAAGUUUCGACACCGAGUUCGCCGCUAUACUCAGGGAUUUACGCGAACACAUGGCAUUGAUCGAAUCACAGGCAACUGUGGCUCAGUUCUCUGAGAUGCUUGCAACGCGGACACUUAUCGAAUUACAAUUCGAUCGUGAGAGAGAGAAUGAAGUGCGCAAGCGUCGCAUUAUUGUUCACCAAUGGCUCACUGCAGCCAACUGUGGUGCUGAUCAAGAGGCUUACGCCAAAGUCCGUCGAAAUCAUGCAGGAACGGGACGUUGGCUUCUACAGGAGAACCGCUUUCGUUCCUGGUUCGAUCCAUUGCUCUGCUCAACAAAUAUGCUAUGGAUGAAUGGCAUUCCUGGAGCAGGAAAAACUGUUCUAGCCUCUUUAGUUGUUGAGGAGGCUGUGAAGCAACCAGAUGCUCACGUCGCGUUCUUCUACUGUCGUUAUCUGGAUAGUGAACGCAAUACGUUUCUUGCGGUUGCUCGCGGUAUCCUAUCUCAACUACUAUCUCAAGAUGACGCUCUGUUGGCUUAUAUCUACGAGAAAGCAUCCACAAGUGGGCAGGUGACACUUUCGCUUGAAGCAACCGCACGGGAACUGCUUGAAACAUCAUUGAAAGCCUUUGAGAAGCUAUACAUUGUUAUAGACGGAAUCGAUGAGUGUGAGGGCGAUCAACGCCAACAAAUUGUGUCGUUCUUCCAGGAUGCAUGCGAUUCACUGCCCCCUGCCGAUAUGGAUUCGUUGCGGUGCAUGUUUGUCAGCCAAGACGACAAUAUCGCAAGGAAACACUUUGCCAGUAUCCCGUCAUUAAAGAUCACAGAGAAUCAUACAAAAAAAGAUAUUGUUGAGUUUGUAGCGGGAAGAAGUAUCGACAUAAAGCAGAAGUUCGACCUAACUACAGACCGACAACAAUGGGUGCAGGAUCAGGUAAUGAAGAGCACUGACGAGAUUCAAUGUGCAAUGUCAAUAAAUUUGGAAGACCAGACUUUGGACUGGGAGCGUGACCGGCUCCGUGUGGAUUCAAAAGACUUGUGUGGGUCGUUGGUCAGUAUUCAUGCUGACGGCACCAUUGUCAUUGUCCAUCAUUCCGCCAAGAAGUAUCUACUUGAUAAAAAUCUCGUCAACCUCGGAUCUGGCGAGGGCAACCUAGCUCUUCUAUGCAUGUCGUACCUUUGUUUUGAAGGAUUUGACGUUGAGGAUAGUAAUCUCAGCGUGUCUGAUUACAUCCCAUCGGGAUACUAUGGAUUCAUGGACUAUGCGUAUGCAUACUGGGCUCGCCACCUGGAUGCAUUCUUGCGUGUACAGGAAUCAAAAGACGCACUGAACGAGAUAUCCGAAGCGGCGGAAGUUUUCAUCGAUAUGUACUGGGCGCAGCCCCGGACCAAGUCAGUACCUCCGAAAUCAUUCUUAUCACGAUGGGAGUCACUUUCGAGCAAUCGAAAUUUCGACAAGCUCACUGUUGCUGCUCAUCUCGCACAAAAACAGCUCAUUGCCUCUACCGCUCACUCUCCGGAUCUCCACGUGCUCAAGCUCCACCACGCAUUGAAUAAAGUGCGUGAGCACCUGGAGUUGGAAAGAGCUUCAGCGAGUGGGGCGACGAGACUGCAGGAAAUGUACGGCGAGAAUAUUUUCAAAUGUGCGAGGGUCAACUGUGUACGAUUUUACAACGGCUUCGCGUCAAAACAAGAACGGGUCGACCACAUCAUGAAGCACGAACGGUCCUUUUUCUGCUCUUUUCCAGGCUGCGCAAUGGCCACGUUAGGUUGUAGCACGCUGAAGGAGCUCCACAAGCACGAGACGGAAUACCACGGGACGUUUGAUCACGAUGAAGAAGAAGAAGCAGAAUAUCCCGAGUCGCUACCGCAGAAGGUAUCCUUUGACUGCAAGGAGUGCGAUGCCAAAUUCACUCGCAAACAAAACCUCCAGAUUCACAUGCGGAGUCGACAUGCGGAGAGCGGGAGUAAGCCAGCAGCCUAUGUUUGCGAGACGUGUAGCAAGAGCUUUGCGAGGAAGGGCGAUCGCACUCGGCACGUGACGACUACACACAACGAUGCAAAGUCGUUUGUGUGUGAGGGCAAGCUCAAGGAUGGGUCUGGUUGGGGAUGUGGACGUGUUUUCAAGCGCGGUGAUAUGUUGAAUAGGCAUUGGAAAAGUAGAAAGGGCGAGGAGUGUAUCGUACAGAAACAAAACGAGGAAGAUGUUGACAAUGUGAGCUCGGGUGUCUCGUUGCAGCCUUCGAGUGCGUCGACGCCUCAGACCUAG